AGCCGUAGCGUCGUCAGUCCGAACGUGCUCGUUGUUCCGUACGCAUUGUUACAUGCCGCUUCGAUUAGUCAUGUUAUCAUAAAUAUAAGAUUACAAAGAGACACUUUUAUUAUCGGUAUGUCUGAAUCCGUAAAAGUAGCAGUAAGAUGUCGGCCUAUGUCCAACAAAGAAUUGCAACACGGAUGUCGGAACGUCGUGACAAUCGAUCCAUUAACGAAAUCGUGCACUCUGGAAAGUUCCGGCGGAGGUGGAAAGGUUUAUCAAUUUGACGCCACGUUUAGUCCAUCCUCGACAACGGAAUUGGUCUACGAAGAUGUGGGUUCAGUUAUCGUCGAAGCUGUUUUGGAGGGUUACAAUGGCACCGUGUUUGCCUACGGGCAGACCGGCUGCGGAAAAUCGUUCACUAUGCGAGGUUUCAUCGAGCGUGCUUUGGAGCAUCUGUUCGAGGCAACUUCGACUGCCAGUUCCGAGACAAGAUAUUUAGCGGUAUUGAGUUAUCUCGAGAUCUACAACGAGCGAUUGCGUGAUCUGCUGCAAGACGACACCGGGGAGACCCUGACUCUGAAGGAAGACCCCACGCGGGGUACCUACGUUGCCGGGGGGUUGCGCGAGGUCACUGUGAAGGAUGCGGCCGAGUGCACCGCUCUGGUCCACCAGGGAGAUCAGAGAAGAGCAGCGGCUGCGACGAAAAUGAAUGCUGUCAGUUCGAGAAGUCACGCUGUUCUAACUCUUUCACUUGAGGCAAUCGCCAUCAACGAUGACGAUAAGCGGGGCAACGCGAUCAGGAGAGGUCGACUGCAUCUCGUCGACCUCGCUGGAUCCGAGAGACAAGCUAGAACCGGGGCUACGGGGGAUCGUCUGAAGGAAGCUGCCAGCAUUAAUCUGAGUUUGUCGGCCUUGGGGAAUGUUAUAAGUGCAUUGGCAGCUGGUAACGGAAGACAUGUUCCUUACAGGGAUAGCAAAUUAACGAGGCUGUUACGGGACAGCUUGGGAGGAAACGCGCGGACAUUAAUGAUCGCCUGCGUGAGCCCGAGCGACAUUGAUGGCGAAGAAACACUUAGUACCUUACGCUAUGCUGCCAGAGCUCGGUGUAUCAAGAACAAACCUAUCGUUAAUGAAGAUCCCAAGGAUGCUUUGCUCCGUCAAUACCAGUUGGAAUUGCAACGUCUUCGAAAAAUGUUGGAUUCUGGCGAUCAAUUGAACUUUGGAUUGGACUUUCAGAAGGAUCUGGACGAAGACGGAGAGAGUUUGAGAGAGAAACAAUACGUUGAAGAGGUGGAAAGGUUGAGAAAAGAGUGCGAAAACUCGAACGUAUCAGCUCAGAAGCUAAAGGAGGAACUGGAAGCCUUAAAAUCGCGUUACGAGUCAGGAUUGAAUGUGAUCAGCAAUGGUAAUAAAACCAAUCAAGAACAUCAGGGAAUAGACGAAGUGGAUCAAGAGCGUGCGGAAAGGCGAAGAAAAAAGAGAGAGGCAGCUCUGCAGGAUGUAGUGAAAAAGCUGGAAAAAUUAACGAUUGGUGGAGAAGCGAUCGGCAAUGCAGAGCUGAAGAAAAGAAGAGAGAAGAGAAGGAAGAAACUGGAGGCUCUUGUAGGAGCGCUGGAAGCCAAUGACGCCAACGGCAGCGUUUUUCAAGUGUACGGCCAACUGAGAUCUACCGAAGAUGCGUUGAAGAGGAUGGCAAAGCGAGUAAAACAACUGGAAGCCGAGGCGGCGGAUCUUCAAGCGUCCUGGGACGCCGAGCGUCGUGAACUCCUGCGAAGAGAGCUCUUGACGUCCCAGUUGUGCGACCUUAUGGUGCCCCAUCUUCGGCCAGGUUGUCCGUUUCGAGAUAUCGCGUCAGUGAGGGAAGCGGCAACGUGGUGCGAUGAAUUAGGAAGGUGGCGACUGCCGGAUGUAUCUCCUCGUAUUCCCCUGCCUCCGGCACCUGUGCUACAGAGGGAUAUUCUUCAGUCUACUGGGAGUUCCUCAAAAGCGGAUCUCAAUAACAAUAAUAAUAACAAUGGUAGUAACAAUGAUGAAGAUGGAAAUAGUCAGGAUAAUGAUGAGGAAGAGAAUGAUCGUAAAGUUGUGCGGGCUAAAAAAGGUUGGGAUCUUGUAGAUAGUUAUUUUCGAAGAAGCAGGGUGGACACUCUUCUGGCGCACGCGAGAGAAGCAAAGACUUUCGAGCCGGGCAGUCGAUUAAGCAGAUCUGGCGGAUCGGAAGAUGCAAUGCCAAUCGCAGGUGGUAGCGGCUACCUGCAACUGAAUGCGUUGAAUCUGCAGAGCAGCGCACCGGUAAUCGGCGACAACAGCUACAGCCCGAAUCAGCUCAGAUCAGCAAUGCGUGGCGGCUGGGUUUGUGAUGAACAACCCAAAAAGCCAAUCUAUAACUCUUUCAUGAAUAAUUCAAAGAAGCUUCCCCCACGGAUACUAGAGGCUUUACCCUCGUAUCCUCAAGGCGACGCGUCCUUGAAGACGUCACCCUUCAAGUCAACCCUCGGCACAGCAUUGAAGAGAAUACCCGAUAAAGGCGCGUCUAAAUUGCACAACGACGAUACCUUCGCCGGUCAUCAUCCGUUUCACAUUGGACACGCCUGUUCACCGACCUAUUGAUGAAGGAGCUGAUAGAUGUAAGAAAUUUUAAAAUCUUGGCUGUGCACUGAAGUAAAAACUAGGAGAAACUAGAAGAAAUAUGAUGAGGUACGCUCAUCCAAAGGCGUAAGAAAGAAAAAUAAUGUAACAUAUGAAAUAUUUUUCUUAGGGAGAAAAUUCUUAGAGAAAAUUUCUUUGCUUUGCAUUCUAUAAACAAUUAUUCAUCACAAUUAUUAAUUUCUCAACAUCAGAAGAAGAUUAUCAAGCAUCUAUCGUGAUUUUUUACUGAAGAUUUUAUUAUUCAAGUAAACUUAUCAACAAAUAAAUAAUCAGAAUUUUAUAAAAUUUGUUGAAUAAUUUGUUUCUCUUAAAUUUCUUUAAUGGAAAUAAUAAAUAAUGCAAGAAGAUAAUACUAUAUUUUAGACUUUCCCUUAGAGAAGAUCACUAUAAGUUUGUGUGAUUACGCCACUGUAACUAAUGAGUCCCUCUCGGUCCGCUGAUUCGACGCAAUGCAACGGUUCUUACUUUUACUUUUUUUAUUUUUGCACCAGAUCUCGCAAACAUACAAAUUCCUGAUUCUUCUUCAUUAACAUGAUGUGUGUGGAACGUGUUACAUCUUAAUGUAUUCAACAAAACAGAAUUAAUAAUUAAGUUAUAUAAAUGCUGUUUUAAAGUUCGAAAGAUAAUUUUUUAAUUUAAUCAUCUUUACACAUUAUAUAAUAAAACAUUGACGUAACGCGAGAAGAUGGAAUGCUGCGCAACGUAAUUUAGAAAAAUGAUAUCAGUCGUCAAAAAACGGAAAUGAUUAUCGUGUACAAUUUAUUAUUACGUUUAUAAGUUAUAGAAGUAUAAUGUUGAUUUCUUUUAAAUCGAAAAUAUAAAACGUAGGAAUCAAGUUAAAAAAAGUAUUGAAACGACGUCUCCUCUAAUGCUGAUUACAACAAAUUUACUUAACAUUGAGAAUGAAAAAUUACACUUUAAAUAAUAUUUAAAUAUGAAAUAGUAACUAUUUAAAUAUGAAAUGGUGUAACUAUCAGAGAUAAUUAAUGGAUUUUUUUACUCGCAAAUAAUAUCUGAAGAGUAAAAACCUUUUAUGAAACUUAUUAGACGUUUUUUUCUCUGUAUUUAUAGAACUAAAACAUUUCACUAAAAAAGCAAUAAUUAUUUAAGGAAUGUUUAAAAUGAGGGGGAAAAACUUUACGAUUAAACCAAGAACUAUGUGUGUGUAUAUAUAAUAUUUGAAAAUUUAUUUUAAUAUAAAAUAGAUUUCAUUGUGAUGCGAAAAGAAUGCUGUAUAAUAAAAUAUACAUUGUAGAAUUGAUAUAAUUUAAAUUAAUUUCUAGAAUUUAAAAAUCGACUUCAUCAAAAAAUUUUGUUUAGCAAUAAUACUUUGUGUAUCUUCUUUAAAAAUAUUUCCAUAUAGAUCUUAUAGACGGCUGUUUAAUCUGCUUCUUUUAAUGAAAAUAAAAACAAAUACUAUAAAAUGGAUCAAGAUUAAUAUAAGUGCUUUGUUAAGGAAAUUGCUGGAAAUAAUUUGCGUCUGCAGCAAUUCAUGACUCUCAUCGAGAUCCCGUAGAUUGUAAAAGAUGUACAAAAAUUUCCGAAAUAAUAUAAAUUUUUUUAUUCGAACCGACAUUCAGGAUACUUUCGCAGUAGAUAAUAUUAAUAGCAAGAUUAUUAAGAUAUGUCUGUAUAAAUAAAAGUUCAGACGAUUUAAUUGGGAGACAUGUAGGUCGUAAAAUCGCCAUUGUUUUUUGUCGAGUAUGAUAAUAUUGCUAAAUUAUUGUUGCAGAUUUUUCUUCUUAAUCGCCUUAUCUUUAUACUCGCCAAAAUAAGGACCAAAA